ACCGUGGGUAGUUGGGCAAACAGGAUACUACUGCUUUGCAUUCACUGUUCUCAUCAUAACGUCAUUUCUAUUAAGAGCCGGUUUUCCCGUGCACAUGAAUUAACGUGUUUGGCGAAUAUAGACGGGAGACAAUUCGGUGUAUUCGUCGUCAUCGUCAGUCUGCAGUGUGUUGUGAGACAGUUUCGACUGGUGUUAUAUGCGAUCAUUGCAAGGGAGGUAACCAUGUCAGAACACACAGUGCUCGCCCAGGAGUCCUUGAGUCUACUGCCAAACCCCCAGCAGCACCAGGUUCAGGAGACCACAGGGCUACAAGAUGAAGGCCUCUGCAAGGUCUGUCUGGAGAAGACCAGUUGCGUCCUGUUUCUACCGUGUGCCCAUCUGGUCACGUGCAUGGAGUGCGUGCCUGCUUUGCGCAAAUGUCACGUGUGCCGAGCAUUCAUACGUGGAACUGUGAGAGUUUACAAUGAAUGAGAAUUUGUUGUGAAUCUUCAACAAGCCUCAUUAUAACUGACUCACAAAAACGUUAUUUCAGAACGUUUGCGUAAAUCCUUUAACAUCGUUCAUGUAUUAAUCUUCAGGUUCAUCAAGGUAUUUUUGUGCAUUUAAUUCAAAAUGAAAUAAAUGUCUUCAGUGUGACCUGGAUGUUUGCUAAAUGAAGCAUACAUGCAUCA